AUGGUUCACAUGUUUGUUUUGUCCUGUUUGUGCUCCUGGCAUCUUGUUGGUGUGUUCCUUGUGGACACCGAUGAAAUGAAGACCGUGUCAGUGAUGGAAGGUGAUUCUGUCACUCUUAAAACCGGUGUUACUAAAAUACGGGAAGAUGAUCUGAUAAUGUGGACGUGUGGAGACUCAUGUAUAGCUAAACUCAACGUGUCAGCCCAAAUCAUCUCUGAAAGUAAUGAGAAAUUCAGAGGCAGACUGCAUCUGGACUAUCUGACUGGAUCUCUCACCAUCACAAACAUCACAACCGCAGACUCUGGACUGUAUAAAGCACAGAUCAUUGGAAAUAAGGUGUCAAGGAAAAGUUUCAAUGUUACUGUCAAUGCUAAUCUACCCAUUCCUGUGAUCAUCAGAUACUGUCCACAAUAUUCUCCAUCUUCUGAAAGUUUACGGCACUCGAAAUGUGUGUUGGUGUGUUCAGUGGUGAAUGUGCACAGGCUGACUCUCUCCUGGUGCAAAGGAAACAGUUUAUUGUCCUCCAUCAGUGUGUCUGAUCUCAACAGUCUCUCUCUACCUCUGGAGGUGGAAUAUCAGGAGAACAACAUCUACAGCUGUGUGAUCAACAAUCCCAUCAGAAACCAGACUAAACAUCUCGACAUUACUGAAGUCUGUCAGCCAUGUUCAGACUCUGUCUGCUGUUGUGAUUUUCCUGAAGCUGUGAUCCGAUUGGUCGUCUCUGCUCUGAUGGGCGUGGCUGCUGUGGCUGCUAUUGUUGUUCUGGUUUACGAUAUCAGAUCCAGACGAUCAACAAAAAACAUCAGCUCAGAAGUCAACACCAGUCCCUCAUCGAUGGAGUAUUAACCCCAUUAUGCCACUCGAUUCAUAUUUGAGACAUGAUUUUCGAAAGCCUCUACGUCAUCAAUGCGAUCAAAACUUUGCUGAAAUACCUGUUGAAUGUAAUGUACUGAAUGUCUACUGCCUCCUGGUGGAAGCUUCUGUGCACUUCUGCACGUAGAAAACAAUAGCUG